GACCUGCUGCUGCUGCUGCAGCCUCCCUGGUGUCGUUUUCUGCUGGGCUCACCCAGAAACCUUUCUCCAGUGACGUGGGCGUGGUUCACUUCAACAAAGUGCUUGUGAAUGAUGGGGACUACUACAACCCCAGUACAGGCAUCUUCACGUCCCCGCUGGAGGGCCGGUACCUCAUCACGGCGGUGCUGGCCCCCGAGCGGGACGAGUACGUGGAGGCCGUGCUGUCGGUGUCCAACGCCAGCGUGGCGCAGCUCCACACGGCCGGCUACAGGAGGGAGCUGCUGGAGUACCACAAGCCCUACGCGGGGAGACGGACCUGCGGCGGCCCGGGGACCUUCCACCUUGUCCUCCACCUCCGAGCGGGAGACGAGGUGAACGUGGUGGUGACGGGGGGCAAGCUGGCCUACACGGACUCUGACGAAAUGUACUCCACCUUCAGCGGCGUCCUCCUCUACCCCUCCAUCUCCCACGUGUAG